AUGGAUGGUAAGCGAUUCUCGGGCAGCUGGGAAAACGAGAUCGUCAGUGCUAACAAGACAAAAGCUAAGAAGGAACAGCAUGAUGAUCGCCGUCCCCAUUGGGAACGGGACGGUGUUAUCUUCGUCCGCAACGGAGUUAAGGAAGACACCUUCGGUCCUGUUAACGACAACUUCGACGGCGCUGACUGGAUCAACUUCCGCUUUGGACCCAAUGAAAUUCUCAAUACCAAGACCAUCAGCACUCAGCUCGUGCGCGGAAUUCGCGAGAGUUCCUCAACCCCAACGGAGGCAAAGACACCUCGUGGCGUAGCCCGUAACACGCCAAUCAAGCAAGCAAAAGCCGCUGUCGAUCUCCUCUACAGCCUGGUAAUGGAAGACCAGGGUUACCAGGUGACGGCGCAGAGGUGGGACGAGCUCCUAACGUUUCAGGUUCUGUCCGGCGAGAUUGUCGAAAUCGUUAUGCGGACUGGCCCGGGCUCCCGUGGCAUUUACAAUAGUCAUCGGAGCCAAGUGAUCGCAGACCCAAAGCUCUUCAACAUCAAGCUGGACAAGAUCAAGUGUGGCAUCCAUCGCAACAACCGCAAUGGCCAAUUCGUUUCUGGCCAUGUCGCAGGACUCAGAUCUCCUCGCCCUGCCGACAGUGCCGAUGAUUCAUUGAAGGAGGGCCUGCUCCUUACUGAGCCCGUCAUGGACAAUCAGGUUGUUGAAGACAAGACCGGCCGAGUUCAGCCGCAGUCUCCUGUCCUUGACCUUGCUCAACACAUGGAAACCGCCUUGAAGGAACCUUUGACACGCCUCAUUAACUCGGUACUUUUGGCGGCGGCCGAGACGGUGGAGAGGAGAUUCGACAUGGCGGUUGCCACUGACAAGCAAGAUCUGCGCACACGGGUUGACAUGUUCGAGCAGAGAUUCGCAGAGCUCGCCGGGUUGUUCCUCCCUGGGCCUGCCAUCAUUGACGACAACAGCAAGGCAGCCACGCGGAAGCGUAUGGUUGAUGAGGCCCCUGGUCGCAUUGCGUCCCUGGGGCCUAAGCGUGCAGCCACCGAAGCUACACGCCGGCAAGCCGGCGCGAGCAGCGACAGCCCCAAACAACGCUGA